AUGGACUACAUGAAACAUAUUUCCAGGCAACCAGGAAAUCAGACCUGUGCGGACUGUCCCGCCAAACGACCCCUCUGGGCUUCCUUCUUGUUUCGGGAUGAUGGUCAAAAGAUGGCUGUCCUUUGUUGUUCACAGUGCAUUCAGCAUCACAACUUUGAGCUGGGUGAUCAGCAGUGCAAAAUCAAGUACUCCAAAAUGAUACAUGAAUGGACUUUGGAGAACAUUGAAACUCUAGAGAAAACUGGGAAUAGUGUGGUGAACAAGAGAUAUGAAGCCAAGCUUACUACCAAAGAUUUUGACAAGAAUCUGAUCUUGCCAGUUGCAGAGAAGGAAUGGAAACGCCGAGCCAAGUUUAUCAAGAACAAGUACGAAAAGUGCAAAUACCAAGAGGCAAAGGAUGAAAUGCCGCAAUACGUGUUAAUGGACGACUCGUCUUCUUCGGGAAGCCUAGCCAACAGUGGAAGGGAAAGCGCUGCCUUAAUGGCACGAACCCAACGAAGACGACGCCAAAGUACUACAUGCACUUCCAAGUCAGACCAUGGACGACAGCCUAGAUCGACAAUACCGGUACCGGUACGAGAUUCCACCAUUCAACGCCAAAGAAGCCGGAGCGAGGAAUUCAGAAGAGCAAACUCAUCUCUGACUCGUACUCGUAGCAAAAGUGAGCGUCCCAUGAGGACUUCUCGGCUGAGCCAAAACUUGGAGGAGCGCAGUAGCCUUCGAGCACAUUCGCACCCCAGCCGUGGCAGCAUUACUAAACAGGACGAGCGUGGCAGCCUCCGAGCAACUACGCACCCCAGCCGUGGAAGCAUGAGAAAGCAAGAAAAGCGAGCUUCUACACGAAAACGAAGGCCAAGCACGCGAGAACUGCAUCGACGCAGGAGCCGAUCCGAAAGCAGAGGCCAAAGGAAGGGAUCACUGGAACCCCAUCGUCGCCGUAGCAAUAGUGAGAGCCGCCUUGUGGUUGGAAGCAGUGGAAGCGAGUCUACAACCAUGAAAACGAGACGGGAGGAAGCUACUAGCUUUAGCACGACCAAAGUUUGUAUUGAUCGGUAUCGGGAUGCAUUCAAGAAGCUCACCAAUGUUGCUGUUGCCCCCGAGGCCACGGAGACAAAGAUUGUGUCAAGAGGAACGGUUUUAACGAUGGAACCUUCCACAAAGGUCCCCAGAACCAGCCAUCGGAAUCAGCAACUCAAAACUUGGGAAGGAUUCAAUGACAAGGCAUUUUGA